AGAUCUCUUUUAUUUUUCUCUUCUGUUUCCCACACACAGAUCUGCCCGCUACUUUAUCAAUAAGAAACCCGAAGCUUCAACUUAAAAUAGAAACUUUUUUUUAUUGUAUUGUCGCUGACAGGCCGAUGAGAGAGAGGGUCAGUUAAAGUUUGGCUGAAGAUGCAGACCUCGAAGAGCUUUCGGAUGGAUGAUUUUAUCGCAGGGUGGAUCGGCGGAGCUUCCAGUGUGGUGGUGGGCCAUCCUCUGGACACAGUGAAGACGCGGCUCCAGGCAGGGAAAGGCUACAAGAACACUCUACACUGCAUUCUCACUAUCUACAGGAAGGAAACGGUCAUGGGUUUCUUUAAGGGCAUGUCUUUCCCACUGGCCAGCAUCACUGUCUACAACUCAGUGGUGUUUGGCACCUUCAGUAACACACAGAGACUCAUAAGCAAGUAUCGCUAUGGUGACGGGCGGCAUCCCUGCAGCAUGGCGGACCUGACUGUGGCCAGCAUGCUUACUGGUCUGGUGUCAGUGGGCCUGGGAGCCCCGGUGGAUCUGGUCAAGAUCAGACUGCAAAUGCAGACGCAGAUGGUUCUAGCAGAGAAUUUGCAACUUGCCGGCAACGUAUCGAAUGGCACCAACAUCCCUAUGCGCUCCAUCAGCAUCCCCAGCCGGAGACUCUACCGAGGCCCGAUCCACUGCAUCAGCAGCAUCCUGCAGACCGAGGGCCUGCAGGGCCUGUACAGGGGGGCCGGGGCCAUGAUCCUGAGGGACGUCCCUGGAUACAUGCUCUACUUCAUCCCUUACACCAUCAUGUGUGACCUGCUGAAGCCAGACGCCUCGUCAAGCCUUCACCCUGGUUCCAUCUGGCUGGCUGGAGGACUGGCAGGGUCCAUUUCCUGGGUCACGGCGACUCCUGCCGAUGUGGUGAAGAGUCGAAUGCAGGCCGACGCUCAGCUCCAGAGGAAGUACAAGGGGAUCUUACACUGCAUCGUCGACAGCUACAAGACGGAGGGUGCACAGGUUUUCUUCCGCGGGGUGACGGUCAACGCCAUCCGAGGCUUCCCGAUGAGCGCCACCAUGUUCCUGACCUACGAACUCUCGCUGCAGUUCAUCAGGAGUCUCUAGGACAAAGGAAACAUUUUGGUGGGAAAAGGAAUCGCGCUCACGAGCCCCAGUUUCUUUGAGACGAGAGAGAGUUUUUAGUAGCUGUGAGGCUCUGCUCACACAUCAGAACUUUUGAACACAUCGCUGUGGAGUGAAUAUUUUUCGCUCUCUGAUGUAGCCACUGCUGACCCUCUUGCCACACGAAGAUUGGUCUUUGAUUAUUGGAUCAGUGAAGUUGAAACUAGUACUCUACGUUUUUAAUUACCAAGAAUUAGGACACCAAAGUUAUCCAUGUCUUCCUGAGUAGAACCUUGGCUGCAGUACCGAACAUGUAUGUGUGUUAAGCUAUAUAAUAUAUAUAAAACUUUACUUUACAAUACGGCUGGAUCCGAAUAUUCGUUCGAUGGGUAGCUAUUCGACUUUCAAUUUUGAAAUUUACUGUGGCGCUAUGUCGUCCAUCUCAGCCAAGAACGGAGAAAGUGAGCAGUCUGAUGUUUGUUGAGGUCUGUAUGGCAGCCUGGUGUUAUUUUCAGGCGAUUUGAUAAAGGUAAAGAUAGUACGGCUGUGCAUAACGCCAAUACAGUGAGGCGCUGGCUGGCUGGGUAUUCAUUCAUUAACACUGUGUCGUACAGUCCGGCAAAAAACGCAUGCCUGCGGCAAAAAGUGAAGUCAGGUUCAAAGUUUGGAGAAAAGCAACGCGGUGGACAAUCAUGUAACGCUAACAUUAACCAGCUAUCAGACUCGUCAGUCCGUAUGGCGGCGUGCGAGUCCCCUCACAUUAAAGUAAACCGGAAACAUCGCAGCCUCUAUCGCUGCCACUAAAAAAGUUUUAAACGUGGCCGGGUUGGGUCAGUGGGUAGAGCAGGCGCACAUAUACUUGGAGGUUUAUGCAUCGACGCAGAGGU